AUGUCUCCUCGCUACCUUCACAGCAACUCCACAAGCCACGUCGGCCCGUUCAGUGCAAUCGCUGAGUUGAUAGACAAUGCCUACGAUCCGGAUUGCCGGGCCAAAGAUUUUCACAUUGACCUCGAGAAGAUCAACAAUCACCGGUGUCUAAUAUUCACAGACAAUGGUAGUGGUGUGGAUUACUCAACCAUGGUGCGCAUGAUGAGCUUUGGAUUCUGUGAAAAGGCAGCGGUCGGCGAUCACAAGCCAGUGGGUCACUACGGCAACGGCUUCAAGUCUGGCAGCAUGCGGCUGGGCAGGGAUGCACUGGUGCUGUCACGCUGUGGCGACGUGGAGACAGUCGGCCUGCUCAGCCAAACCUAUCUGGAGAAGGUCGAGGCCAAGUCCAUUCGUGUGCCAAUGUUCAGCUGGAGCCUACCUGAUCGGCAGAUCAUGCCCAUGGGUUCAGCUGGUGUGGAUGACGCAAUGUACAACGCUCCCGCCGCUAAUACCGCGCUACCUAUCAUUUUAGAAAAUUCUCCUCUUCGAAAACGGGAGGAGAUCGUAGAACAGAUGAACAUCAUUGCUGAAAACUAA